AGAUCCCUUUCCUCCACUCCCAUCCCUCACCCCCUUAGUCCAUCGUAUAACCAGUACAUUUUAGGCUGUGUUUCCAAAAUAUUCAGCUGAAAACUGAACUUGAGCAAACGACUGUUGUGGAAAAAAUCUGGAGAACAGAAGCAAAGGAGAGAAAUGAAAUUGGAACAAGACGAUGGACAAUGAGAAGGACGUGGAGGAGGAAGGGCAAGUAUCAGGUGACUCCGCUAGCCAAGCUGGGAGAUUUGGGGCUUUUGGGUCAAGCCCACUGCCCUGUCUUACUUCCUUAAGUUCACACCCUACUGUCCCUUGAGCACAAGGCCACACGACCUGGGCCCUGAAUUUUACUUAACAAUACUGAAUCUUUUCCUCCCGGUCACCAUAUGAACAAAUGUAUACCUGAGCAUCCUUCUUAAAACUUAAUUUUUAAGAAUGACACAAAAACAAUCAAUUCGAAAGUACAUUAGAGUAUUGGGAAACAAUCCCUGGUAGCAUUUCUAUGGAAACUCCCACCCUGCCCCCGGAGCGCGUGCUCAGCACUUGCAAGUAUCAUCUGGCUCCAUCUGACGCCAACCCUGCGGGGUCAGUAAAGACCCUAUUUUACAGAUGGACAAACUGAGGCUCACACUGGGAGCCCACGGUGGGGGCUGAAUUUGAAGCCAGGUCUGGGGACGCCAGGGACCCCGCGCUUAAUACCCACCAGCCCUUGGGUACAUCCCCGUGAAACCAGGUCCUAACUAGCCAGGUCCGCCCGGUGGUACAGACUCGGUCUUAUACAAAUGGAGGUGGUAUGGCGUAUCAGGCGAAGGUCCAGGCUGGGGCAGGUGUCAGGAGGCACGGGGUGUUCCGAGCUCUGACACCUUUACGGCACUGAGUCACGUGAAAUGGGAAAGCUAGGAGCGCUCUGUGCCUUUAAGGCGGGAGCGGGGGCGGGGCGUCGGGGCGGGCCAGCGGACUGACGUGACUGCUGGCGGGAGUUGCGUAAAGCAGCACAUCGUGCCUUUAAAGGCCCUCGGGAGGAGGGGUCCCGGAAGCGGGCCCAGACGGCUGAUUCACGCCAGGCACUCUCCUCCCCUUUAAGGCGCGCGGCAGGGCGGGGUCCGGUGGCAGGCUCAAGGCGCGGUCCGCGUCCGCCGGCAGAAAAGCGGCUUAAAGGCGACGCGUGGCGCGAUGGCGGCGGCCCCACGCGCGUGCAGGCGGCGCUGGCGGCCGCUCCCGGUGCUGCUGCUGCUGCUGCUGCUGCUGGCGCUGCCGCCCCCGGGGGGCCCGCCGGGCGCCGCCGCCUACUUCCCGGAGGAGCGCUGGAGCCCCGAGUCGCCGCUGCAGGCGCCCCGAGUCCUCAUCGCGCUGGUGGCGCGCAACGCGGCCCACGCGCUGCCCGCCACGCUGGGCGCGCUCGAGCGGCUGCGGCAUCCGCGGGAGCGCACGGCGCUGUGGGUAGCCACAGACCACAACUCAGACAACACAUCGGCUGUGCUGCGGGAAUGGCUGGUGGCUGUAAAGAGUUUGUACCACUCCGUGGAGUGGCGGCCAGCAGAAGAGCCCAGGUCCUACCCAGAUGAGGAGGGCCCCAAACACUGGUCUGACUCACGCUAUGAGCACGUCAUGAAGUUGCGCCAGGCAGCCUUGAAAUCUGCCCGGGACAUGUGGGCCGAUUACAUCCUGUUUGUGGAUGCAGACAACCUGAUCCUCAACCCGAACAUGCUAAGUCUCCUCAUCGCUGAGAAUAAGACGGUGGUGGCUCCCAUGCUGGAUUCGCGGGCCGCAUACUCCAACUUUUGGUGCGGGAUGACUUCCCAGGGCUACUACAAGCGCACGCCUGCCUACCUCCCCAUUCGCAAGCGGGACCGCCGGGGCUGCUUUGCCGUUCCCAUGGUGCACUCAACCUUCCUGAUCGACCUGCGGAAGGCAGCAUCCAGGAACUUGGCGUUCUACCCGCCUCACCCUGACUACACGUGGUCCUUCGACGACAUCAUUGUUUUUGCCUUCUCCUGCAAGCAAGCAGAGGUCCAGAUGUACGUCUGCAACAAGGAGGCCUACGGCUUCCUGCCUGUGCCGCUGAGGGCCCACAGCUCCCUGCAGGAUGAGGCCGAGAGCUUCCUGCACGUGCAACUGGAGGUCAUGGUGAAGCACCCACCAGCGGAGCCCUCCAGGUUCAUCUCAGUGCCCCCCAAGACACCUGACAAGAUGGGCUUCGACGAGGUCUUCAUGAUCAACCUGAAGCGGCGGCAGGACCGGCGGGAGCGCAUGCUGCGGGCCCUGCAGGCGCAGGAGAUCGAGUGCCGGCUGGUGGAGGCAGUGGACGGCAAAGCCAUGAACACCAGCCAGGUGGAGGCGCUGGGCAUCCAGAUGCUGCCCGGCUACCGGGACCCCUACCACGGGCGGCCCCUCACCAAGGGCGAGCUGGGCUGCUUCCUCAGCCACUAUAACAUCUGGAAGGAGGUUGUGGACCGUGGGCUGCAGAAGUCGCUUGUCUUCGAGGAUGACCUGCGCUUUGAGAUCUUCUUCAAGAGACGCCUGCUGAACCUCAUGCGGGACGUGGAGCGGGAGAGUCUGGACUGGGACCUCAUCUAUGUGGGCCGGAAGCGGAUGCAGGUGGAGCACCCGGAGAAGGCAGUGCCGCGCGUGAGGAACCUGGUGGAGGCCGAUUACUCCUACUGGACGCUGGCCUACGUGAUCUCCCUGCAGGGCGCCCGCAAGCUGCUGGCCGCCCAGCCGCUCUCCAAGAUGCUGCCUGUCGACGAGUUCCUGCCCGUCAUGUUUGACAAGCACCCAGUGUCCGAGUACAAGGCCCACUUCUCGCCCCGCAACCUGCGCGCCUUCUCCGUGGAGCCCCUGCUCGUCUACCCCACGCACUACACGGGGGACGAUGGGUACGUGAGCGACACGGAGACCUCAGUCGUGUGGAACAACGAGCACGUGAAGACCGACUGGGACCGCGCCAAGUCCCAGAAGAUGCGGGAGCAGCAGGCCCUGAGCCGCGAGGCCGAGAACUCGGACGUCCUGCAGUCGCCCCUGGACAGAGCGGCGCGCGACGAGCUCUGAGCGCCGGCGGCCAAACACCGAAGCCGGCCUCGUGGGCCCGGCACCACCCCGCAACCCCCCCUACCCGCGGACCCCCCGCAGGCCACGGAGGGCUCUCUCCCCGCGAGGGGCGUGCAGCAGGCUCUGGCUCGGCAAGCACGUGCACGCAGGCAGCUUUAACGCAGUGCCUACUGUAUGCCAGGAGAGGGGCUUGACGCCGGGGGAUCGGGGGAACCAGACCUCCUCGUUCGUGUCUUUGGGUGCCGAACCCUUGAAGUCCUCACCGGGUACCGGGCUCCCGUGUUUGGCAGCGGGUGAGGCAUAAUUAUCCCCUCCUCCGGUGACUGAUUCAGCCAUCAAGCUUGUUUUGAUUCCUACCCGCCCCCCCCCCCCCCCAAGAAUCAGCACUAGUGAUACACAGUCAUUGUUUUAAUUCAUUGAAAUAUUUAUUGAAUGCCUACUGUAUGUUGGCCACCAACCAUUCUGGGCUCUGAGAAUAUUGGGGUAAACAAGACACUUUCUUCAUUUCUCUGAACACCUAUCAAGCACCCACUAUGUGCCUGGUACUUGUGACACAAAGACAAGUCCUUAUUAACUCAGCAUUUAUUGAGUGCCUGCUGUGUGCUGGGAACUGAGCUUGGUGCUGGGGGUGAAGAUGAACCAGGUGCUUUUCACUCUUCGAUUGGCUUCUUCCUGACUCGUCUAGAGAGCGCCUAGUGUGGGCCAGGCAUUAGUGAUACCAAACGGUGUGGCAGUUGCUGGGUCAGCAUCGGAUCACCCACGUCUGUGCGGGGCCACGUGCCAAGGGCUGGGCCACCGAGAUGAACAAGAUGAGUCUUCUUUCUUCAUGCAGCAGGUGUUUAUCAAGCGCCUACUGUGUUCCAGACCUCGUGGACCCCCAGUGGGACUGGAGAAUGGUUGGCUGAGAGUUUGAUCCCCACCUGCCCCUCGGUCACCCAAGUUGUGCGCAAAGUCCCCCCACCACCCAGGAGGGAGGGUGGCUCUCCCCUCACCAGGGGCAGCUGCAGGUCCCAGCGACCACAUGGCCACAUGCAGGCUCCCCUGGACCCGGCCCCCCUGGCGGGGGCCAGGGAUAAAGACAGGGGCUGGGUCUCCUGUGCUCACCGUGCUCCUGUGUUGACCUGUCACCCCGUUUGCUUGACCUCCCGGGCCUGCAUCUCAGGCGUGGGCUCUGCCCGCUCUGUGGGGUUCCUACAUUCAAGCCUUUGGUAGGACCGUGUGUUUGGGGCCCUGUGUGGGCUCGGCUGCACCAGGGUACUGCCCAUGGCCUGGGCAGGUGCUCCCCGGCAUGGGCUGGAGGACUUGCUGUGCCUUCAGCCUGGAAUGAAUGUCAGAGCCAGCCAGCGGUGCUUUGCUCGCUUAGGGAUACCUGCUCACUGGGUCAGGUCCUGGAUAACUUGCUUAUUUUUUUAUUAAAUGUUCCUGGUUGGUUUUCACAUCA